AUGCUGGGAAACCUAUUGGCUGCAACUGAACCUGAUCUCUCGUCUGACCCCCUCUUUACCGCCGGCAGCAAGAGAACGACAGGGCAUGACUCAAAACCACUCGUUUCUGGAGCUCGGGCUAUUUCAAACUUUCUAUCCAACCCUUUCUUCACGUUUUUUACCGCUUUGCGUGACCUACGAACUCGUAGGCUUACUGAAAAAGAUAUCAUUGAAGAUGAUAGUUCUGAGGAGGACGAAGGCAUCAAGGGUGAACAGGGAAGCGAGGAGCUCCUUCAUCGGUUCAUGGAGGUUAUCCUGGCCUAUCACAACACGAGGCAUCGCUUUAGCGAGGAUCGGCUUUGGAGUACGCCCCACCAUCUCAGCCUCGACGUCGCCGUAAAAGCUGAAAAGAAGGGCUUCAUUAAUUGUUCAGCCGUGGAUGACGGAUAUCUUUACCUCAGUGGCUCCAGCAAGGUCACUGGGGGCAAUCGGUUUUCGAAAAUCCCUGUCGUCAGAUAUGAGGCGAAGACUUUGAAUGUAAUCGUCACUGAAAAGAAAAUAAAGCAGAUCAAGAACGAUUAUGAAGCCACAGCCCAACAAUUUGCUCAGAUGUUAUCCUGUAUUCAGCUUGACACCGAAUCAGCACCUCACAUCGUUAGCAAUGGCUUUGAGGCAUUCAGUAUCCGGAUCGCGCACACUUAUCUCAGCAUCGCUAGGGUGUAUACUCCGAAGGCUUAUUUGGAAGACAUUUUGCACAACACACGCCCAAAGGAAAAGCCUUUCAUCUACUUUCAAACAACGGAGAAGUUUGAUCUCUUGACAAGUGGUGGUCGGGAGCAUGCUGCAAAAGCAAUUUGGGCUCUCCUUCUCCAUCUCAAAAGUGGCAAUGCACUCGUUGGUCGACUUGCAUGGAAUCGCCGUCAACCUGGAGGAAGCGUUCCGGUUUGGGGCUUGAAGAAUCCUAAGGACACAUGUUUCAUAAAUGCCAUUUUCCAGUGUCUUGCUGGGACUACCGAGCUAUUCGACUCAAGGGGACGACAGAAGUCGGUUAUAGACUACAUGCUAGAGAGCCGUUCACGAGCGAUCGAGAAGACAUACCUAGGAUAG